AUGACGACAGGCGCGGACAAAGGAAAAAAUGACUCCAACGCUUCGGAGCCGGUGACCAUGUGCGAGGACCAGGUCAGGCGUCUGUCGCUCGAUGAAACGGAGGAGAACGCAAAGAGUAAUGACCUGGUAGUGAAGACAACGAGCAGCCGUCCACCCAAAUCAACGCUGCGACGCGGCGAUACCUCGCAGUUGAGCACCAUGCUCGAAGCUGUGUCUCCACGGUCAUCGUCUGACCAAGACGUGCGUCGAUUGUUCAAAUCCUCCGAGAUGAGCGAAGCGGUGGCAGACCAAGUUGAGUCACGCACGCUGAGACGCAACGCGAUGUCGAUGGCGUCCAUUUACUCCACCAUGGCGGUAUCCCCGCCGCGAGUGCACAUGUUCACGAGCGCGCUCAUCGAGGAUCCAUCACCGACGAAGCGCACUGAUCUGCCUACACCAGAGGAGAAGCUCGUGGGGAAAACAAGUACGUCCGCGCCAAACGAUGGCGCGUCGCCAGAGGUCUUACCCAAAACGCUCGACGAGUUCAAAGAACAAUUUAACGUGGACAACCCGAAGCCACAGUCGAUUCCUCCGCCGAUUUACGGCGACCAGGGUAUCAUCGGAGAGAAGCACGUGCUCGUGAUGGUCGGUUUGCCCGCGAGAGGAAAAACGCACAUGGCAAAGCGAUUGUGUCAGUAUCUACGCUUUUUCCACGGCGCGAACACGCGCGUGUUCAACGUCGGAGAGUAUAGAAGACGAUUUGCUGGCGCCGGGCAGACCGCGGAUUUCUUUACAAAAGAGAAUAAAGCGCAGCGCAUGAAGUUUGCUCAGGAGGCGCUCAAGGAUAUGGUCGAUUUCCUCUUUCAAGAGGACUCCAUGAGCAACUUGGAGCAGCGAGGAGUGGAUAGCGGGCGCGUCGCCAUUUUCGACGCGACGAACAGCACGAAAGAACGGCGACGAUGGUUGGUGAAUCAAAUAGGAUCGUUACCGCUUAAACUUUUGUUCAUCGAGUCAAUUUGUACCGACGAAAAGGUUGUGGAGCACAACGUUCGCGUGGCCAAGAUUACAAACCGAGACUACCACGGCAUCAUGUCGCCUGAACGGGCGUUCAAAGACUUUAUGCAACGCAUGAAAAAUUACGAACAAGAAUACGAGCCAAUGGGUGUCGAUGACGCUGAAGCAGACCUGAGCUUCAUCAAACUCAUCGACUGCGGGAGGCGAGUCGAAUUCAACCUCGUUCACGGGUUCUUGCUCGGUCGUGUGGCUCAGUUUUUAUCCAACAUGCACGCGACGACCUGUUCGAUAUACUUAUCUCGACACGGUCAAAGCGAAUACAACGCGUGUGGUAAGAUAGGCGGCGACUCAAACUUGAGUGCUAUGGGUGAAGCGUACGCGCUUAAGCUCGCAGAUUUUGCGGACAGGAUAAUCGCGCACGACGCCGACUCGGGCGAUGCUCAAGCGGUGAGGCUUUGGACUUCGUCACUUUUGCGCACGAAGAAUACGGCGCGACAUAUCAAACACGCAAAGAUCAAGCAUGACGGGAAAGAUUGGAUACAGUUCGCACCGCGCGUCCUGAGAAACUUGGACGAAAUAUAUGCGGGUGUAUGCGAUGGCAUGACGUACGAAGAAAUUCAGAAAACGUAUCCGCACGAGUAUGAGAUGCGCAGACAGAACAAGCUCGCGUAUCGAUAUCCACGAGGCGAGAGCUACCUGGACGUCAUCGCGCGCCUGGAUCCACUGAUACAGGAGUUAGAAAGUUAUCGCGAAGAUAUUCUCAUCGUGGGGCACCAAGGGGUCUUGCGAUUAAUCUACGCGUACUUCGCCGGUCUCGACAGAGACGAAGCGGCUACGCUAUCGAUUCCGCUCAACACCGUUAUCAAGCUCACGCCGAGAACGCACGACUGCAUAGAAGAACGCUUCCUUCUGCACGAUCCCACGAAGAAUGCCGAGCCGAUAGAUCCGCCCAGCUACUGA